AUGUCGUCCUCCAACCCCCGCGAUCCCCGCGAUCAGAACGAGCCUGUCGACGACUUGGAGAUGCUCGCCGCUGACGACGCCGCCGAGGAGAUCCCCGAAGACGAUGACCUCGCCAUGGACUCGGACAACGAGGAGCUUCUCCUGCAGAACGACUCCAUCGGCUACUUCGACCUCCCCCAAGACUCGCUCUUCGCCAUCGCCCAGCACCCCAUCUACCCCUCCAUCAUUGCCGUCGGCGGUUCGGCUGGCCAAGAAGACGAUGCUCCCGGUGCCGGUUGGGUCUUUGAUAACUCUGCUGCUCAGGCGCGACCUCCUCUGCCUGCCAGCUACUCCAGCGACCCCAGCGCUGCCGCCAGCAAGACUACUCAGCUCGACUCCCUAUUUAGCAUCGAUGGUCAUUCCGAUUCAGUGAAUGCGCUCGCCUGGACGCUCCCCAAGGGUGAUGUUCUCGUCAGUGGUGGUCUCGAUGGCAGGAUACGCGCAUGGAAGGCGACUGUUGGAGCCGACGCCUCGCUGAAGAUGGACUUCCUGGGUGAAGCGCAAGAGGUGCCCGAGGUGAACUGGCUUGUGCCGUGCCCCUCGUCUACAAACCCCAACACCAUUGCCCUCGGCGCUUCAGAUGGCUCCGUUUGGGUCUACACCAUUGACGCCUCCGACAAGGCGAACCCCCUCCAGAUCGUUCAGUCCUACUUCCUUCACACUGGCUCUUGCACAGCCGGCGCCUGGACCCCUGAUGGUCAACUGUUGGCCACCAUCUCCGAAGAUGGUAGCUUUUAUGUCUGGGAUGUCUGGGGUGAAGCCGCUGCCAAGAACCUUGUUGGCGACAAUGGCAUGACUGCCGUGUCUCUGACUGCUGAGGAUCAGCGUUUUGAGGUUGAGGGCGGUCUCUACUCCCUCGCCAUUGAUCCCAAGGGUACAUUCGCUGCUGUUGGUGGUGCUACUGGUGCUAUCAAGAUUGUCUCUCUUCCUCGACUUGCUCCUGCUGGUGCGAAGCCUCAGGCCAAGGGUCGCGGAGGAAAGGCGGCCGGCGCAUCGUCAUCUACUGCCGGUGGACAGAUCCUCGCCGCUCUCCACACUCAGUCCGAGAGUAUCGAGUCGCUCGCAGUCGUCACCACUCCCAACACUCCCCCCAGCACACUCCUCGCUGCCGGCUCCGUCGACGGCUCCAUUGUCGUGUACGACGCAACCCGCCGUUUCGCCGUCCGUCGCCACAUCGCGGGCGCCCACGAGGAGCACUCGGUCGUCAAGCUCGAGUUCAUCCCCAACUCAUGGCAGCUCACCAGCUGCGGUAUGGACGGCGUAGUGCGCCGGUGGGAUCUCCGUGGCGCUGGCGCGACGAACCCCAACGCUGCUGCCACCGCUGCAGAGGCUGGUCUUCAGAAGGAGUGGAAGGGCCACCGAGGUGACGGCGAGGGCGGUGGUGUCCUAGGCUUCGUGCAGGGUGAAACCGGUGCCAGGAUCGUAACAGCUGGUGAUGAUGGUGUGUCCUUGGUUUUCGAAGCGUAA